AUGCAUUCCAACGACUCACCGAGCAUCGGCAUCGCCAAGCCUCCUUCUCCUCCCCCACCGCCACCGCCAGCAAUCAAAAAGGAUCCCAAUCCUAUUCCUGUCCCCAAGCCGCCGAUAGUAGCCUCGACUGGGCCUACUGGGGCCUUCGUGGUUGAUCUUCUCAUUUUCAGCGGCUCGCCUUUCAAGGAUCAUUGGACUUACUGGGUGCGCUCACACGCCAACCCUGACAUCGGUGUUCUGCUUCAUGCGACCGGCGAUGUCAUUAACGGAUUCGUAUUCGAAAUCAAGCGCCGCCACGACUUUAGGCGAACUCACAAUCGUCCCACAACAAGGAUUCCACUGCAAUGGGUCAAUGCCAAGCACUUUGACGAGGAGGCCAUGUUUGAUAGACAGCGCAACGACAGUAUACCUGUAUGCGCCUUUGAAGCCGGUGUGUACAAGGUUGCGGCUCCUGGGAAGUCCCUUAACGAUGUCAAUGACAAGGCAAGGGAGACUUUUACCCGGCGUGUGCUGCUAUUGAAGUGCCCCAUGCUAAUUUCCGAGGUUCCCACGGCCCAGGAUAAAUCCAGCAAGAAGAUCACUCAGAGGAACAGUCAAACGUGGAUCAUUGAGUCUGCUCGCCAACUCGCCGAAGAGGGUAUUUUUACCACGACGUUGCCGCUUAUCUCCAAGCCAUUGAACAGUAAGGACUCCUGGAAAUAA